UAUCCGGCCUGUAACUGAAGCUAAGCUCCCCAAUAGAAAGAGGGAGAUAUAGAUAUAUAGAGACGCAAAGAAAAUUUUGAGAAAGUCAAAUCAAGUUUGAUUGAUCAAAAAAUGGGAAGAAGUCCUUGUUGUGUAAAGGAGGGACUGAACAGAGGAGCUUGGACUGCUAUUGAGGACCAAGUUCUCAUAGACUACAUCAACACCCAUGGAGAAGGAAAAUGGAGAAGAAUUCCCAAAGAAGCUGGUCUAAAGAGAUGCGGAAAGAGCUGCAGACUGAGGUGGCUGAAUUAUCUGAGACCUGAUAUCAAAAGGGGUAAUAUAACUCAGGAAGAAGAGGAUCUCAUCAUUAGGCUCCACAAGCUACUAGGCAACAGAUGGUCCCUAAUAGCUGGGAGAAUACCAGGACGAACAGACAAUGAAAUCAAGAAUUACUGGAACACGACCUUAGGAAAGAAGGUGAAUAACGGCCAGGAUGAUGUUCAUCAAGUACCUCUAACGGUAGAGAAUAAGAAUAAGAAGAAGAAGAAGAAGAAAUAUAAGACUAAAUCGUUGACAACGGUGCUGGACUCCAUUGCUGCCAUCCGUACAAGGGCAGUGAGAUGCAACAGAGUAGUAGUCACCUCGCACUUAGUCCCGCACCCAUUAGUCAAAAAUGUUCAUGGUACUGCUUUGGAAGAGGGCAUAAAUAACUCUGAGGAAGACAACACUAUUACUACCACCACCACCACUACUACUUCCCCUUCAGAGAAUUUGGUGUUAGAAUUUGAUGUGGGGAAGCUCUUUAAUGUGUCGGAAAAUAUUCCAGAUAGCUCCGACGACUACUGGGAACUAUGUCAGUUUGGUGGCGGUGACAAAGGUUUGGAGGAUCAAUACGGUGGCAAUAUCAAUAAUGGUGGUGGUAGCUCAAACAAUUACAAGUGGUCCUCAGCUAGCUCCUCAGCUAGCUCCGAACCCAUCUUGUUCUCGGAGGAAAUGCUCAAGGAUUGGAUGAGAGAGGACUGUUUCCACUAUCAAAGUUGACCCCCCGGAAUUUCAUGCCGGACAUCAGGGGUUGAUGUUUAAUUAAACAUUGAUUUAGUAUUAUUAAUUGAUGAUGUAGUAAAAUAAAAAUUGAGCUGAUUAAA